GUAGCUUUGAAGAUGAUAAAGAAAGAAAUGAUAAAAGAUGAGAAAGACGCGGAACGAACUAUUAGAGAAAUUACGAUGAUGACGGAAUUGAAUCAUCCCAAUAUUGUACAAAUUUAUGAGGCAUUUGAAAUACCGAAUAAAGUAGUCCUUGUGAUGGAAUACCUAAGUGGUGGCGAUCUAUUUGAUUAUGUGUGCAACAGUGAAUUUCUUCUGGACUCGGAGGCUUGCAGAAUUUUCAGACAAAUCGUUUCUGCCGUUUCGUAUCUUCACGAGAACAGUGUGGCACACAGAGAUCUUAAGUUGGAAAAUGUUCUUUUGGAUGCGAACAAGAAUGCAAAAAUUACCGACUUCGGCUUUUCCAAUUAUUUCUCCAGUAUGUCCAAACUGAACACCUUUUGCGGCAGCCGUCUUUAUGCUGCUCCAGAAAUUAUUUGGGGAAUUCCGUACAAGGGUCCAGAGGUUGACUGCUGGAGUCUCGGUGUUCUACUUUAUGUGCUUGUUUACGGCAAAAUGCCAUUUGACAGCAGUGAUAACAAUGCAGUGAUCAGAAGUAUCUCAUGCGCUUCGUAUUCCGAACCUGACUUUCGCUCAAGUAUAAUUUAUGCUAAUUCCAGAAAUAUAUCAUAA